UGUACACCAGUUGUGUUUGAAGAUGGUGAAACUGAAGACAAGGUCUCUCUGGUUCCUCGCUGCCUUCCUCUUCCUGUCCACUGUUCCCACAGUGGCUGAGGUGCUACAUGCAUUUUCUUUGUGUGAAGGGUUUCUCCUUCAGGGAAAUCCGCCACAGAUCCCAGGCAUCGUAGUCGGCAGGAACAUCCAGAAACAGAACCAAUACAAACCCAUUUGCCAGACUUACAAUAAUGUGAGAAGGUAUCUGACACUCUACGACACCAGGAACAGGAUUCCAGUGUUUUCUGCUUAAGUGCACAGAGGGGAUGGAGGAGGGGCAAGACCUCAAGGGGAACUCUGGAAGAUCGAACCACAGCUGGAUGAUGAAAAGGCAGACGACAAGAAGAACAUGGAGAAGGAAAAGAACACAAAACCCUACAACAACCAGGCCAGGCUCAUUGAUUAUGCUCCUGGGAAUGAAGACGAAAGCAAGGACAUGGAGAAUGACAAUGGUGAACUCCAAACACAGGAGGCCAGAAAGGCUGACACUAAAGAGUACAACAAGGGCCAUUUAUUUCCAAACUCUCAUGCGUAUGAUAAUUAUGGCAAAAAAUCCACCUUCACCCUGACCAACAUUGUUCCACAAGUAAUCUCAUUCAAUCAGGGAAGCUGGAACAAAAUGGAGACGUGCAUCAAAUGUAUUAUGGACACAUACUGCAAGGACAACAAUGGUAAAACCAAAGCCUUUGUGGUGGUGGGAGCAAAACCAGGGGAAAAAGACAAUCACAACGGCAGGGUUAAUAUUCCCUCCAAGCUCUGGUUCGCCUUCUGCUGCUUCAGUGCCGAGAGCAACGCGUGGAUAGCGAGUGCGUUAUGGGGCGACAAUGUUGCUGAAGAUAAUAAACAACAUAUGCAGACCAGGACUCUGAAAGAACUCAGAGAGUCCCUGAAAAUUGAUGCGUUUCCUAAAAGUAAGUGUCCUGACACAACUCUUGUUAAGUUUGACCCGGCAUGAACCAACUUAAAACCCAGCUCCGCUGAAAUUGCCCACCCUGAAUUUAACCAUGUAUGCCCUUCCCAUUUUAAGAUUAAUAAAAUGUGAAUGAAAUAAACUGCAGAACAGUGACCACAGAGCACCAUCUAGUGUCCUUUCUGUAUAUUUCAGUUUGUACUGAACCAUAUCCAACUUCAUAAAUGGUCAUUCACACUGUGUAAAUACUGAAGUCCAGAUUCAAGGUACUUCUACUCUAUUUGAUUUAUUAUGCUGCUUUACAUCUACAUUUUAGAGGGAAAUAUUGUACUUUUUACUCCACUACAUUUGUCUGACAGCUUUAGUUACUUUUCAGAUUACAAUACUCUUCCUGUCCAGUGAAAACCACGUAUCUCCAGUAUUGAUGUUGAAUGUUUGUGAUAAACUGAAGGAUGAAGUGUUGCUUUAUGGGUUGAGAAAAUUAAACAUCUACAACAGUAAAAUGCAACAUACACAUUAAUGCAGCAGUUAUAACAGAUAUGAUAGUAAAACACUUUGUGUACAAUGUGCUGAUAAUACUUACUUUUAUUUAUGGCUCCUACAGGUAACUUUCAUUUUGUGUUGAUUCUGGUGUCCCCUGGUGACAAAAAGAGGUAUUGUUUCCACCCCCUCAUUUCAUUCAUUUCAAAAGGAAUCCAACACGGUGGCAAUAAUUAAGAAUAACUUUAUCAAAAUAAUUUUAAAAUUCUCUUAAAUUGAGUUUUAUAACCAGUUAAAAACUUCUUCUGCUGCUCCAAUUCAAGUCACAUUCUCCUCGGUUCAUAGAGCCCUGCCUUUACAACCAGCUACAUUGCACCUAUUGAUUAACUUAAAUGAUGAACACAAUGAUUGAAGGUUUAUUUAACAUGACCAAUGAUUUUAGACAUCAUCUCAAUAACCAAUAAAAUACAAUAGUAUCUGACUCCAACUCUAUUUGUUACCUAAUGAAAGCCGUU